CUCGAAAAGAGAAUGUGCCCAAACACAACACAUUUGGUGUUCAAAGCGUUCGGAACGUGGACGAUUUUAGCUCUGUCGGGAACCACCUUCGUCACAUCACCAAUCCUCUGCACUCACAUUCCAGUUGGGGAUUCGUUCGGGGGCCCAGUCAACUAAAUCACAAUGAAGUAUUUCGGCGGAGUCGAAGGAGGAGCCACCCACUCCAGACUGGUCAUCUGCGACGAGAGUGGCCAGUCCGUGGGCUCCACCAGCGGCCUGGGCACCAACCACUGGGGCAUCGGCAUCCCGGAGUGCGCCCGCCGUAUCGCCGACAUGGUGGAGCGGGCCAAGGAGGAGGCAGGCAUUUCCAAGGAUACGCAUCUCACGAGUCUGGGAUUGAGCCUCAGCGGCUGUGAGCAGGAGGCCACCAAUCGCGAGCUGGAGCAGGAGCUGCGCAAUACGUUCCCGGGUCUAUCCCAAAGCUAUGCCGUCUCCAGCGACACCAUGGGUAGCAUGUACACCGCUUCCUCGAUCGGCGGAAUGGUCCUUAUAUCGGGAACCGGCUCCAACUGCCUGCUGCGCAAUCCUGAUGGCUCUACGUCCAAUUGCGGCGGCUGGGGUAACUUCCUCGGCGACGAGGGCAGCGCCUGGUACAUCUCAUACCGAGCAGUCAAGGUGGUGUUCGAUCACAUGGACAACUUUGAAAAGUCGGCGGCUCCUGUGGAGAAGACCUGGGCCCUGAUCAAGGAGCACUUUAGCCUCGAGACGCGGCUGGACAUGCUGCCGCACUGCUACGCCAAGUUCGACAAACCCUUCUUCGCCAACCUGUGCAAGAAACUGGCCCAGAAUGCGGAGAAUGGUGACGAACUGGCACGCGGUCUGUUCCGGGAGGCCGGCGUGCACCUGGCCCGAAUGAUCCUCUCCCUGCUGCCCAAUGUGCACAAAGAUCUAGUCAAGUCCGGCGACCUGAGCGUGGUGUGCGUGGGAUCGGUGUGGUCCAGCUGGGACCUGCUGCAGGAGGCCUUCAUUGCGGAGCUGUCCAAGACGGAAAUCCACUUCAACCUCAAGCUGGUGCAGAUCACCAAGAGCAGUGCCUACGGAGCCUGCUAUCUGGGGGCAGACAGCGCAGACUUCGAUCUGCCGAGGAACUAUGCCGACAACGUCACAGUCCUAUACACUUACACUGAUCCGCGAAAGAAAGCCAAGGCUAGUAACGGCGUAUCCAGAUAGAUAGAUUAUGUUAGACGACCAUUCCGAAAUAUACAUACUUCCAAAUUGCCAACGAUACGUAUUAAAGACUAUGACUAUGAGAAAUCAUUGGCCAGAUAGUGGCACGGUUAGAUAGUAUUACUAUUCAAGUAUUAAAAAGAAACAUUGAAAAAAUUAAAUUAAACUAAUUGCCUUUACCUUUUCGUUUUCCAGAUAUAUCAAUUUCAACCAUAUAUAUUGGGUUUGUUAGAAAUACGUAUGAAAAUUUUAUUCGAUAAUGUUCAUUGUAUUAAUUGUAUGUGUCUCAAUGUUGGCUGUCACUGUGCGGCAUCUAUGUUGUAAUACUUCGAUUGUGUUUAAAGCCAAUUCGUUUUUAUUUCGCCGUGCUGUCAUCAAUUCUUUGGCUAAUUUGAUUCUCAAAUCGGGGAGCAAAACAAGAAUGUUUCUAUUUGUAGCAAAGAAAUACAGGAGGCCAAACAUAAUAUCUUAGGGAGCUUAGAGUAAAUUAUUUGGGAUAAUGUACGAGUAGCUGAAUCGAACGCCUUAGCUUGGGAAUCAAUAUUAUAUC